CGCACUGAGAGCAACAGGAGCCGGCUAGCGACCCACUCCUCCCACCUCCUCCGCCAGCCUCCUCCUCCUCCCCUUCGGCUCCUCCCGCCCCCACCUCUGUGUGAGCGGCGGAGUCGCCCUCUCCCUGCCUCUUUCUCCCGCUCCCGCUCGCUCGUCUCUCUCGCUAAUACUUCCCCCUGCUGUGCUCCAGGGCACCCAAGCAUUCUCCGCGCUAACCUUAGGAACCAAUGGUGCUCGAAAAGCCCAGGAAAAGCCGCUUUGGGCAGAGAUAGUUGGAAGCCCCUCGUCCCUUCCCCCUCUCCCGGCGCAGCCCGUGCCCGGCUCGCAGCACCUUCUCGCUCCUGCACACUCUGUUUGGGAGAACGGGGUGAGAAGGUGAAGUGGAAAGAACUGCAGAGCAGAGGGGGCCAGUCUCAGAGCUCAAAUUUCAUUUUCAUUGAAGCAAAUCACAGAAGAUAAGUUUUUUUUUUUUAUUCUGCAUUUUUUCUUUUUUCUUUUUCUUUCUUUCUUUCUUUUUUUUAAAAGAAACUUAUUUUGGGGGGGGUUUGCUCUGGGCAUUUGCUUUGCCCAGUAGUUGAAAAGUGAACUCGACUCGUGAUGGUUCUCCUGUCACUUUGGUUGAUAGCAGCCGCUCUGGUAGAGGUUAGGACUUCAGCUGAUGGACAAGCUGGGAAUGAAGAAAUGGUGCAAAUAGAUUUACCAAUAAAGAGACAGAGUGAGUAUGAGCUGGUGACUCCAGUCAGCACAAAUUUUGAAGGACACUAUCUCUCCCAUAUUCUUUCUGCAAAUCACAAAAGGAGGUCACCGAGGGACGUGUCUUCCAACUCUGAGCAAUUGUUCUUUAACAUCACAGCAUUUGGAAGAGAUUUUCAUCUGCGACUAAGGCCCAACACUCAGCUAGUAGCUCCUGGGGCUGUUGUGGAAUGGCACGAGACAUCUCUGGUGCCUGAGAAUGUAACUGACCCCAUUAAUGAUCAUCAAGCAGGAAAUGCUUCAGAAAGAAUCUGGAAAACAGAGCCUUUGCAGACUAACUGUGCUUAUGUUGGUGACAUCAUGGACAUUCCAGGAACCUCUGUUGCCAUUAGCAACUGUGACGGUCUGGCUGGAAUGAUAAAAAGUGAUGAUGAGGAAUAUUUCAUUGAGCCUUUGGAAAGAGGUAAGCAGAUGGAGGAAAAAAAUGGAAGGAUUCAUGUUGUCUACAAGAGAUCAGCAGUAGAACGGGCUCCCGUAAACAUGUCCCACGACUGCCAAUACAGAGAGUCGAAUCUGGGAGGCCUUGACGAUGUAGGUCCUAUUUCCAGCAGCAUUGACCAGCAGCUGAAGGAGGCAGUGAGACGCCGCAGACACACGGGAGAGAAUGACUACAACAUCGAGGUGCUGCUGGGGGUGGACGACUCCGUGGUCCGCUUCCAUGGCAAAGAGCACGUCCAGAACUACCUCCUCACCCUGAUGAACAUUGUGAAUGAAAUUUACCACGAUGAGUCCCUUGGAGUGCAUAUAAAUGUGGUCCUGGUGCGCAUGAUAAUGCUGGGUUACGCAAAGUCCAUCAGCCUCAUUGAAAGGGGAAACCCAUCCAGGAGCUUGGAGAACGUGUGUCGCUGGGCUUGCCAACAACAAAAGUCUGAUCCGAACCACUCUGAACACCACGAUCAUGCAAUUUUCUUAACCAGGCAAGACUUUGGACCUGCUGGAAUGCAAGGAUAUGCUCCAGUCACAGGCAUGUGUCAUCCAGUGAGAAGCUGUACCCUGAAUCAUGAGGAUGGUUUUUCAUCUGCUUUUGUAGUAGCCCAUGAGACUGGCCAUGUGCUGGGAAUGGAGCACGACGGACAAGGCAACAGGUGUGGUGAUGAGACCGCUAUGGGGAGUGUCAUGGCCCCCUUGGUGCAAGCAGCGUUUCAUCGUUACCACUGGUCCCGGUGCAGUGGCCAAGAACUGAAGAGAUACAUCCAUUCCUAUGACUGUCUCCUUGAUGACCCUUUUGAACAUGAUUGGCCCAAACUCCCAGAACUUCCUGGAAUCAAUUACUCUAUGGAUGAGCAAUGUCGUUUUGACUUUGGGGUUGGUUAUAAAAUGUGCACUGCGUUCCGAACAUUUGACCCAUGUAAACAGCUGUGGUGUAGCCAUCCUGAUAAUCCCUACUUUUGUAAGACAAAAAAGGGACCCCCACUUGAUGGGACUGAAUGUGCUGCUGGAAAAUGGUGCUAUAAGGGCCACUGCAUGUGGAAGAACGCUAAUCAACAAAAACAGGAUGGCAGCUGGGGAUCCUGGACCAAAUUUGGCGCCUGUUCCCGGACAUGCGGAACUGGUGUCCGUUUCAGAACACGCCAGUGUAAUAAUCCCACGCCCAUCAACGGUGGUCAGGAUUGUCCUGGUGUUAAUUUUGAGUACCAGCUUUGUAAUACAGAAGAAUGCCCAAAACACUUUGAGGACUUCAGAGCGCAGCAGUGCCAACAGCGUAACUCCCACUUCGAAUUCCAGAAUAUCAAGCACCACUGGUUGCCAUAUGAACAUCCCGACUCCAAGAAAAGAUGCCACCUUUACUGCCAAUCCAGAGAGACUGGAGAUGUGGUGUAUAUGAAACAGCUGGUGCUGGAUGGAACGCACUGUUCUUACAAAGAUCCAUACAGCAUAUGUGUGCGGGGAGAGUGUGUGAAAGUGGGCUGUGAUAAAGAAAUCGGUUCUACUAAGGUUGAGGAUAAGUGUGGCGUCUGUGGAGGAGAUAAUUCUCAUUGUCGAACCGUAAAGGGGACAUUUACCAGAACUCCCAAGAAGCUUGGGUACCUUAAGAUGUUUGAUAUACCCCCGGGUGCUAGACAUGUGUUAAUCCAAGAAGACGAGUCUUCUCCUCAUAUUCUUGCUAUUAAGAACCAGGCUACAGGCCACUAUAUUUUAAAUGGCAAAGGGGAGGAAGCCAAGUCGCGGACCUUCAUAGAUCUUGGUGUGGAAUGGGACUAUAACAUUGAAGAUGACAUUGAAACUCUUCACACAGAUGGACCUUUACACGAUCCUGUUAUUGUUUUGAUCAUCCCUCAGGAGAACGAUACCCACUCCAGCCUGACAUAUAAGUACAUCAUUCAUGAAGAUUCUGCACCUACAAUCAGCAGCAACAAUGUCAUCCAAGAAGAAUUAGAUACUUUUGAGUGGGCUUUGAAGAGCUGGUCUCAGUGUUCCAAACCCUGUGGUGGAGGUUUCCAGUACACUAAAUACGGAUGCCGUAGGAAAAGCGAUAAUAAGAUGGUUCACCGCAGCUUCUGCGAGGUCAACAAGAAGCCAAAACCUAUUAGAAGGAUGUGCAAUAUUCAAGAGUGUACACAUCCACUCUGGGUGGCCGAGGAGUGGGAGCACUGCACCAGAACCUGCGGGAGUUCUGGCUACCAGCUCCGCACCGUACGCUGCCUGCAGCCGCUCCACGACGGCACCAACCGUUCGGUGCACAGCAAGUACUGCUCUGCCGACAGGCCCGACAACCGGCGGCCCUGCAACCGCGUGCCCUGCCCCUCCCACUGGAAAACAGGGCCCUGGAACGAGUGUUCGGUAACCUGCGGGGAAGGAACAGAGGUGAGGCAGGUCCUCUGCAGGGCGGGAGACCACUGUGCAGGGGAGAAGCCCGAGGCCGUCAGAGCCUGUCAGCUGCCUCCCUGUAAUGAUGAGCCAUGUUUGGGAGACAAGUCCAUAUUCUGUCAAAUGGAGGUGCUGACGCGAUACUGUUCCAUACCAGGUUAUAACAAGUUAUGUUGUGAGUCAUGCAGCAAGCGCGGGAGCACGUUGCCACCACCGUACCUUCCAGAAGCUGCGGGGACUCACGGUGAUGCUGUCUUGAACCCUAGCAACCUCCCUGGAGCUCUCGUGAUGCCUACGUCUUUGGUUCCUUACCAUCCGGAGCCCCCUGCCGAGAAGAAGAAGUCUCUGAGUAGGCUGUCUUCAGUGGGAGGUCCAAAUGCCUUCACUGCUUCCAGGCCACACAGUAAACCUGAUGGUGCUAAUUUCCCCCAGAGGAGAGCUCAGCAAGCAGCAAGUAGGACUCUGAGACUGGCGUCCCCGGCCACCAGGAGCGGCGCUCUCAACGCCUCCUCAGAAGUGCCCACUGCCCGCCUCCUCGCAGUGAGUGAUUCCACGGGUGCUGCUUCUCAGGCAAGAACCUCAAAGAAAGGUGACAGAAUUGCUGACAGGAGCCAUCCGGUCAGAUCAUCCGCUUUGGAAAGAUGAGAACACGAACCUCCAAGGCUCGAAAUCAGCGGAGAACCCCGGACAGGCCCCCUCUCCCCGUGGUGCAUACAGCUUGUUGAAAGUGUACAUCUCCGUAAAUUGUCAACUCGUUUUGUCUGUGAGUGAAGAGCAAAAAGUGCUGGUUCACUUUCUAGUUGCUUUCAUCCUCCUUUUGUUCCGCAUUGACUCAUUUACCAGAAGUCAUUGGAAGAAAGCACCAAAGAUGAUUAAUAGAAGGAAAGUAAGUUGCUAAGUGUGUUGGUCACUCUCUCAUGCCGCAGAGGGACUGGAACCAAUUAUGUAUCUCGGCUGAUUUUUUUUUUUAAAGUUACACUAAAAAUAAAAAAAAGAGGUGCCAACAGUUUACACUUUAACAAAAUAUUUUGGAAAUGGAGCAAAAAAUUCUUAGACUUGUAUUCCUAUUUAUCUAUAUUAGAAGUAUUGUAUGAGCGGAUUUGCAGCUGUUGUGUAAAUACUGUAUAUUGCAGAAAUCAGUAUUAUUUUAAGAGAUGUGUUCUCAAAUGAUUGUUUACUAUAUUACAUUUCUGGAUGUUCUAGGUGCCUGUUGUUGGGUAUUGCCUUAUUUGACGUUCUAUGGGUUGAUUUUCGAAGCAGAAUUUUAUGAAUAAGAAGUUAGAAUUGUAGCUACUGACAAAGGGUUUUUGUUGUAUGGUUUUGUCUAAUCAACAGGGCGAUACCUAAAUUACAGAAAAAGAAAAGUCACAAAUGCUGCGGAUAUACAGAUUCCAGCUUCCCUAUUACCUUCCACUUUUUAAAUAAAAAGGAGUAGGACUGAUGUGUCCGUCGACUAGGGGUCACAGGGACAGAGACUAGUAAGUUAGCCUGUGCAAGACAAAAUUAAAACCCUCUUACCAGGACCUCAGUAGGCACCACCGAAGUGUCCUGUGUUCUUGUGUUGAUUUGUCUUUUCCCUUUGUUGACAUACACAAACGGCUAUACUCAAUGUACUGUAAUAAUAACAAAAGAAAAAUGUUUUGAGAUAAUUUGUUUGUAUGUUGGUAGCUGAGAAAAGCAUCAUCGAACUAGAAUUGACACCCGAGUAUUAUAGGGCUUUGGGGCUUUGGAGGAAGAUUCAAGAAAGGAUUUGUCAGUGGUCGCAAUAUUUAUUUUCUGCAUGGUCCAUAUUCAAAUGUUCACAACCACAAUGCAUCUGACUGCAAUCAUGUGCUAGUAAUUUAUGUCAGUGGUCACCUUGCUCACAGUGAAGCCAGAAAUGCUCUCUCCAGGGAGUAGAUGUAAAGUACUUGUAUAUAGAAUUCAGAACUGAAGAUAUUUAUUAAAAGUUGAUUUUUUUUCCUUGAUAGUAUUUUUAUGUACUAAAUAUUUACGCUAAUAUCAAUGACAUGUUUUGGUAAACUAGAGAGACAUAAUUAGAGAUGCACAUUUUGUGCGUGGAGGAGAAAGGUAAGCAAACAACAAGAGCCAAAUCGAAGAGCUAAAAUACAACAAAUUUGAUGUCACGCAGACUUUUUGCAUUUUUAAAGUAGUUGAUACAAAGUUAAUGACCUGUUCCCUUUCGAUGAAACAUAAAAUAGUAGAGGCCCAGAUAGCUGUUUAAUGAAAUAGUGAAUUAGAAACAUUUUUUUAACGGAUAUGAAAGAGAUAAAUACUGAAAAGAAAAAAAGGAAGUGUUGUGAGCAUAAUGUUCUUGAGGUCAGUUCCUGAACUGUCUAAAACUAUAUAAUGCAAAUGAACUCUAGAGAUGUUAACCUCUGUAAGCACAGAAUGUGCAAGGAUUUUGGCCUCUUAACCAUAGUAAACUCACAGCUUCACCUAUUGCCUCUAUACCUCUAAAGAAUCGCUGCUACUUCAUGCAAGACUUUUAAAGUUUAAAUGAAUUAGGUGAAUUCCAGAUCGUCAAUCUCUGAGCCUCAAGUAGAAGUCAUUUUUUUUUCCCCCUCAAAGUUUCCCCAGAAUGAAAUUCUCUCUAGUUUGCUUGCAUAUGUAUGCAUCUGGUCCACAGGAGAAUGCAGAGAAGGAUGAUCACACACAUACACCUCCCAGAAAGAUGUAUAUAUUUGUUAUACUUCUGAUCUUUGAGCUUCCUUUUCUACUAAGCUAAAAAUUCCUUUUUAUCCAAGUGUACACUACUGAUGCUGUUUGUUGUAUUGAGAGCACGUAGCAAUAAAAAUGUUAACAAAAUCUAGACCCGGCUCUAUCUAGAUUUUAUCAUCAGAUUCAUUGCUGAGUAAUGCAAACUUUUCUUUCCUCCUACAAAGUUGAAAUAGUGUCAAAUUCAUUAGCUACUUGGACUUUGUCUAAAGAGGCUCAAAUAAAGCGACAGUGUCUCCUAUCC